AUGUACAGCGUGGAGGACCUCCUCAUCUCUCAUGGAUACAAGCUGCCCAAGCAUACCACCUCCUCCUCCACCCCUACCCCAACCCCCGCGUCCUCGUCCCGCCAGGCUCCCUCCUCCUCACCGCCAUCCUACAGCAAACACCAUGAAAUCCUGGAGAACAGGCCCGGCCCCAGGACAGUGAACGGCUACGAAAGAGGGCCCGGGAUGCCUUACGGGAACGGUGGCGGAGCAAGGCAGCCCCAAGCGUACGGCAGCGGCUGUCCCAACAACAACAACAACGAACCCAGGGACAGAGGCCCGUCCAGGCGGGAGGGCGAGAACCGGUGCCAAAUCGACACCCACUCCUUGGGAGAGUCGCUGACCUCAGACAGCGGAUUCUGUGAUGGCACCAGAGUUCCUCAGUCGCAGUCCAAGGAUGUGGCCUACUGGAGGAGGAGAGGCCAGGACUUCACAGUGCUACUGGACUAUGCUGACCUAAGAGAGAACCAUGGGGGAGGCCAGGGGGGUUACGGCAGGCCGGAGGGGUCUCAACAAGCAAGAGGCCAAGAGUUGUCUGCAGAGGAGCGUCAGAGAGCUGCUCAGGAGAGACAGCGCUGGGCAGCCCAGGCCCAGGCUCAGAUGCAGGCCCAGGCCCAGGUCCAGGCUCAGUUCCGCUCUAGAGAGAGGGAAGCAGCUCUCCAUCAGUGGAGGAUGGCGAGCGAUAGGAAGUGCCAGAGCCUGGGGACAGAUGAGUGGCGUCCAGCUGUGAGCUUUGGCCACCAGCUGUCACAGAGUGAGGGUGAGCGUUGGGCACAGGAGCAGCAGAGACUCCAUGCCCGGACACCCGAGGGUAUGGUAGUCCAUCCCAGGGCAAAAGCCAAAUCCCAGUCCCUGCCCAGGAUGCUGCAGCCUGAAAGCCUGCAAUAUGUGGACAUAGACUCGUCCGGUCUGGAACUGUUCAGGCGGGUCAAUGGACACCCACUAUCACACCACGACCUUUACAGGCCACCCCGCUGGCCAGAGAACGGCAGGCCGGCCAGCGCCAACCAACUCUCAAUGACACCAAAGCAACGCUUCACACGACCCCCCAGACCUCCCUCUUAUGAGAUGCACCAGCAGAUCAGGGGAAGCUGUGAGAUGUUGUCUGGUAGAGAUUCAGUGAUUCUCCAGGCCAGGGACAGAACCCCACUUCCAAUAUCAAGGACAGGUGACCCUCAACUGGACUAUUUUGCACAGGACUCUGGACCUCCAGGAUACAUCCCUCCCCCAUCAUAUAAAAGAGCUCCUUUAAUGGGAGGGGGGCGAAGGGGAUAUGGUGAAAUUGCUCUUGACUACAGGUACAGAGGGGAUGUGUACCAGCAUAUACAAGUGGCUCCAGAUGGAUCUCACUGGUUCACCAGACAUCCAGCUGGUUCCUGGCCUGAUCCCCAGAGAGAGAGGAGUAUGAAGCAGCUUUACCCUGUAUAUACUACAGUGGAGCGCCCCGGUGGAGGGAUACAAUACAUCCCCUUUGAUGACCCCCGUAUCCGCCAUAUUUCCUCAGCCCUGGGUGGCAACUCCCUGACGGACGCUGACAAGAUCCGGCACAUCCGUAAUGAGCUUCCCAGUGUCACAGUGUCGGAACCUGCUUCCAGUGACAGUGCCUUUUUGCCCCCGCCAUUGGGGCCUUUUAUCGCUGCCAAACUGGCCGAUGAUGCUAACCAGACGUCUGCUAGCGACUUUGACAAUGACAAUAACAGGUGGCACAGUGAUUUGCACAAAGUGGCUGUCGAUAACUUCCCAGCAACUGACCAAAACUGCAACAGAUAUCCCAAAAACCAACGCCCUCCUUCAUCUCCCUCGUCAGCCUUCCAGGCCCCAUUAGCAAGAAGUUGUUCUCGUCAGGGGUCCAGCUCAGAUCAGGUCUUUGCAGAAACCAUCACCCAAGUGAAGAAAAUUGUCCCAGAUUCAGGGCCAGAGAACACUAAAAGAAGAGUAAGUGAGACCAUCUUCUGCCUUGUGUCUGUCCCUGUUCACACACCAAUCAACAUUAGCAAAGACUUAGCGGCAGAUCAGAACAACAAUGAGACAAUACCAAGCCUGACUGUCACCAACACAGAGACCUUCGCUGUAGGCCUCAAAGAGAGCCCCAACGUGCGGAGUAAGUCAGUGAAUGAGAUGCCCAUCAAACCCCAUUACUCUCACUAUCACACCAGCAGCACAUCCUCAAUGAGGAACUACAAGAGGGCUCCUCUAAGGAAAGAGAUAUUAGAUGCCUGGGCACUUCAAGCACGGCAAGAUAAAGAGUUGUGCUAUGCCGGGUCCUGGCCUGGAAACCAGUACCGUAACCAGGAGACCCAGACUGGCUCACCUUUGAAAAGUCCAGAACCCCAAAGUCCUCCUGGGGGACAAGAACCUGUGCCGUCCAUCUCAGACACAACCACAGAUAGUAAUGUGGGACCAGAAAGUAGCUCUUCGUAUGGGUACCCCAUGGCAGGCCAGAAAAACCUUCAUCCCUCCAGCAACAGUGCAUUCUCCCGUCUCAGCCUCAGCCCAACACAACCUUCACCCUCCCAACCCACACAACAAGACCGAUCCUCCCCAUCGAAUGCGCGGGAUCAAGGAGAGCAGCCAUCGUCCCCCAGGAAGAGCAACUCCAGUCCCCCUGAGAGUGCAGAGCAAGUGACCUUUGGUCAAUUUCUUUUAAAGCCAGUGAACCGUCGGCCCUGUGAUGCUAUUGAAGAACUGGAGACCAUUAAUAAGGAGAUGGAGGACACAAUCAGCAAGAGACCCAAUGGUGAUCAGUGCAUUGACGAUCUAGAUGGGGUGAACAAGGGAUUAGAUCCGUUUCAGUCAGGAGCACAUUUCAUUGCUGGUCUAGAACCAGGCAGGGAAGCAAUCAGUCUUCCACCAAUGCACAUAGAAAAACCUAACAAUUUAAAAGUCAGAUCAAAGUCCUUGGCUUCUACCGCUGAUCUAGACUCCAUGGACAUCAAGAGUGCUUUCUCCAGACCACAGGCCAACAACAUACCAUCAACAAAUGAUUUACCAAUUCUCUCCAACCCAGGCCAUAAAGACAGUUUCCUCCUGCCCUCACAAACACAACACAAUGAGUCAAACCGGCUCUAUAGGCAGGACAUCCCAGUCCCUCAAGAGUCCUUGCUGAGAGAUGUGGGGUUAACCGUCUACACAGAGACUCCUGGUGGUCCUGGAGAGCCAAUGCAGCGCUCACUCUCAGUCCCAUCUCCACUCGAUCAUAAGGAGUUUAGUCAGUCAGUGCAGCUCUCGCGGGAGAGCUGGACAGCACUUGUUAAAAAUAGUGGUAGCCCCAAGCACAAUACAAAUAAAGAGCUUAAAGCUGAGGGAGAGACUGAGAGAAAGCCUAAAUCAGUCAAUGUUCCACCAUUCAGGGGUGAGGUGAAUUUAAGGAUCUGUAGAACCAGGAGCGAAAGCAGCAGAUCACCUCAGAAAGAGCGUUCCCCACAUAUCACCAGGCUGUCCAGGGAGGUUUCUUUUGUGUUAAAUGAUGAUGAUGGCAAUGGGAGAUAUGCCAUCUCUGAGCCUAUGACCUACAAGAAUGACUCGACCAUGGCAGAUAAGCACCUGGAGAACUUACUGAUUCGGGAGAAAGCCAAUUCUUUACCUGCAGAGGACCUCAGCAACCUGUAUGAGGUCAAAUACGCAAAAGGCAUCCCUGAAAAUGAGUCCAUUGAGCAGAGGGCUGCCAGAAUCCUGGGUAUAGCUGUUCCAGUGGAGUCCUUGGGUGUGGCUGACAACCAGGACGAUGUGGAUACCACUGUGGUUGAGAAACUACACAGUCGAGGCAAAGAGACACAGCAGGUGAUGGGAGAGUGUGAGCAAGUCAAAGAUGAGACCCUGAUUGUUCAGGGAGCAGAGACAGAGGAGGUCAAGGGUACAGAAUCAGGAGAAGACCACAAUGAAGGAGACAGACAAAAGCACAGCAGCAACCACAGUGAUGGUGAAGACACUGAGAUUCAGUCUCUGGUGGUACUGGACUUGCCCGAGUUCCCACCUCAUACGCUUCCCCUAUCCCUCCCUGUCACCCCUGCUGACAAGCUAGCACUCAGCACAUGCAGUGUGGAGAAGAGGGGGCGAGGUGGAGCAUGCAAACUAAUCGAAUCCUUGCAAGAUAAGCUAACCUCUUCCGCUGUCUCAUCUGCUACAUCUAUGGGCAGGUCAACCCCAGACAGAAUGGCCCGCCUGAAAGAGCUGGACUCAGUGUCUCGAAUAAGACGCCUCAGCCUCAAAGGUUCAGAGUCUGGAGGAGAAGUUGAUUCUGAGGAAAGGGACGGUGACAGAGAGGAGAGUGAAGUUCAGGAAGUCACAAAGGAGGAAGUUGUGGAGCAACGAGAAGAAGAAAAUGAUAAAAAAACAGAAGAAGAAGGAAGGAAGGGAGAGGAGAACCCAGAUGAGCAUGAGACUGCACAUAAAACACAUGACAAGUUGGGAGAUCCUAAAGAAGAUUGUAAACCUAAAGAAGAGGAAAAUGAAGGGAUAUGUGAGGAAGAGCAAAGACAAGAAGAGGAUGCGGAAGACAUGAAUGUUGAGAUUGCACUAAAAGCUGGAAAUGAAGAGCAUAAAGAAGUAGAUGUUGAAUUAAAAACAGGAGAGCCAAACGGAGAGGUGGAGCUCAAAAUUGUGGAGGAUGACAAAGAAAAGCCUUUAGAGACAGUGAGAGAUGAACAGAAUGAAGCAGAGGUCAGUAAAGGUGAGGCAGCUAAAGACGCUGAGGGAAAAAAAUUGCCCAAACCAAAGCAGCGCACCAAGCUGAAGAAACCUCCUCUUCUUCCUAAACCUCGCAGUGUUCCCAAGAGAGAGAUAACGCUGCCUCUCAGCUUCAGCACUGGGACCUGUGGCCCCUCGAAUAUGGAGGAUGAGGAGGUGCUCUCUGUAUCAGACUCCUACGACCCCAGUCAAGUCGAGAGAGUGUAACCUCUGACACUGCCUUCACCACUGUGGAAAUCUGUCUUUCUCAAGUUAACAGCUUUUUCCAACAACAAAGGCUUUCAUCUCAUCUCACGGCUUAGUCAGCCGUGAACCCCUCCAAUAUUGUUACGCAUUACUUCUCACAGAACUGACUGUCCUGGUGCUGCGAGAGCAUUUUUACAGCCAAAUAAAGGCACAGACGGUGCCAAUUCUCCAGGCCUUUUUUAACCCCAAUGUCCUUGCCCUUCCAUUCUGUUCACCUCUCCAAACGUUUAUUUGCUCAAGCAAGUUGACUUCCUCCUUUUGAAAUUGUCUCACAUGUUUUGCUUUUGGAAAAAUGCAUGUCAUUAUUCCCGUCUGCACUUGGGCUCCUUCUCGAGCUCGGGUGUUGAAAAAUGAAUGUAAAAGUGCUUCUGCUCAACAAACAAAAGAAAUGUAACAGGAAAAAAAACAACAAGGCAACAGUAUUGCAUCACAAUCAGCAUUAACCUACACCAAAUGUAAAUAAGAAAGAGUUAUAAGAUUUUAUUAAGAAUAUAAAAAUCAAUUUAAGUCAUUUAAUUGCUAAAUAAAUGUAUAUUUUCUUAUCUAUGUUAAGAAAAGACUAGAUUUUUGGAAGUGUAGUGGGUGUAUUACUAAUAAUGAAACCCAUUGUUCUUUAUUCUUAUACUUGUGUGAUAGAGAAUGUACUCAAAGAGCAUUGCAAUGAGAAACACUGUGGUCCUUGAAUAGUUUCGCAUAAGAGCAAUAUAGUCGUCGUAUACGGGACAUUUGUGACAUGAUUUGAGUAGCAAGGAGCUGAUCUCAUUUAAACGUCUGCUUUAAAGCUCUACCUUUUGGUACAGGUAUUAGGUUUUUGCACUGCUGAGAUUAUUGGCUUUAUGUUACCAGUGAGCACCUGAUAAUCUCUUCAAAUACUCAGAGAUUACACCCAGCCCGUUCUCCGGCACCGUCAGUCUCCACGUCAGCAAUCGACAUUGUGCAUCAGAAAUGUUAUUUUUGUUCGUCCUCAUACCGUUGAAGAAGAUUUAUAUUUUGUGGCAUUAGCAGAAGUCUAUAUUUAACCGUGGAGGUUUUUUUUCUUUGUUCACAGUGAUUUCAGAAGUGCUUUUUUUGGGGGGCAGGAAAUGAUAGAUGUAGCUAUAUUGAUCGCAGUGUGCCUUGUACACACUGUUUUUGUGGAGAACUUCAUUUGUGUGUAACACAUCCUGUAUUGUCGGUUUAUGAAUCCUAAUUUAAACUGGACAUCAGUGAUUGAUUUUACUUAGAAGAAAACAUUUGAAGUUGUUUUGGCAAUAAUAAUAAUAAUAAUGAUAAUAGUAUUUCAGCCGAAGAAGCUUAAUAUUGAUGCUGUACAGAACAUUGGUGUUGGAAUACUAAUCACAGUGUCUGAACGUGUUCAAUACUUUAAUGUUGACAUAUCAGUGCUUUUGUGUGUUGUGGGCAUAACUGGCAAUUGGUUUACACUCACUUCACUUAUGGGGUAGCAAUAUAAGAAAUUAAAAAAAACAUACCAAACCAAACUUUAUGCUAUGCAUUGGACAUCUACAUUUACUGGGUGUAAUACCAAAAUUCAAAGCUAAAACUGCAACUUCCGGUUCUGCUUGUUUGACCCUGUCACUCUUUGAUCCAGUAUUUGAUGUUGGAGGUGUUGGAUCUGGUUGUAGACGUGCAUAGAAAUAGUAGCUCUGACUGGAGUUCAUCAGUGGAUGCUCAGUGCGAGGUUUUGUCUUUGUCCUGUUGCCGACCCAGUACCCGUACCUCUGUGUUCCAGGUAAUGUGUUAUGACCGUUCUCGUAGGUCUUUUUGUACUGCAAGUUCUUUGUAACAUGAUAUAGACUAUUGGUGCACAUCUUGCUUUGAUAUUUUCUAUUUUCAUACAGAAGUAUGUACAGCUUCUUUUGUAUGCGCGUGGCAUCUUUUUUUUUCCUUCUUUUUUUUUGUGCAUGAAAUGCGUAAGAGGUCAAAUGCGUAAGAAGUCAGAGAGAAGGUGUAUUUGCAUAUAAUUGCAUUUGGUACUAUAUAGUCUAUCCAAUAAACAACUGUUAUAUUUCAUAUAAUGUAUAUUUUAUUUUCAAAAAGUUAUUCUACAUAUUUAAAACAGAACAAGGUAUUUUUAGAUUAUUGUGAAAAGGGAACUGUUUCUGAAGGCACAAUAUUUGUCUAUAUUUGAAAUGAUCACUGAGAGUGACGAUGAUCAGAAAUAGAGACACGUAUGUGCUAUUGUACAGUACUGCAGACUAUUCAUAAAUAAAA